ACAUACUAUCUCAUAGCAUUAGACCUUUUUUUUUCUAGCUGUGUGGGGAAGUUGUCGCAUGAUAUAGAAAUCAUGAAGUCAAGCAAUUUUAAGGGUUGCUUCUUCCUUGUGACUGCUUUUAUGCUGUGUUUGGCAGUGAGGUCUCAACUUACCUCUGGUUUCUAUUCAGCAACAUGUCCCAAUCUUCUUCAGAUUGUCCGGAGCCAGGUUAUGAUGGCAAUCAAGGCUGAAACGCGGAUGGCAGCGUCUUUGCUUCGCCUUCAUUUCCAUGAUUGCUUUGUCAAUGGUUGUGAUGCAUCUAUUCUGUUGGAUGGAGAUCAGAGUGAGAAGUUUGCAUUGCCUAAUCUGAAUUCUGCUAGAGGAUUUGAGGUUGUUGAUGCAAUCAAAGCAGCUGUAGAGAGUGCAUGCAGUGGAGUGGUGUCAUGUGCUGAUAUUCUAGCCAUAGCUGCCAGAGACUCUGUUCUCUUAAGUGGAGGACCAACAUGGAAAGUUUUAUUAGGAAGAAGGGAUGCACUAAUACCAAACAAAGCACAAGCCAAUGUUAGUCUUCCUUCUCCAUUUGACAAUCUAACUGCAAUCAUUAAUAAGUUUGCUGCUGUCGGACUCAAUGAUAUCACAGAUGUUGUAUCUUUAUCAGGAGGUCACACAAUUGGACUAGCAAAGUGUUCAACCUUUAGCAAUAGACUGUUCAACUUCUCUGGCAAUGGAUCUCCAGACAGCACUUUGGACACAAGCAUGUUAUCUGAUCUGCAGGCCCUCUGUCCAGUCAACGGGGAUGGAAACAAAACCACUGUUCUUGACCGGAACUCAGUUGAUCUAUUCGACAACAAUUAUUUCCAGAACUUACUAACUGGGAAGGGAUUGCUUGGUUCCGACCAAAUCCUGUUUUCCAGUGACCAGGCCAUUUCCACGACCAAGAGUCUUGUCCAAAUCUACAGUGGAAAUCAACCUCUGUUCUUCAGUGACUUUGCAAAUUCCAUGAUCAGGAUGGGGAACAUAACUCCACUUACUGGGACUAGUGGACAGAUCAGGAAGAAUUGCAGGGUGGUUAAUUCAUAAUUCUGCACCUAUCUCAAACAGUAUUUGAUAAUAAAAUAUAAAAACUAAAGUAUUGUACUAUAAGUUUGCUUUUAAGAGACAGAGAUGUGAGAUUAAAGAAGUAAUGUUAUG